AUGGUGGGUCUGCAUACCUCCCUGAGGCCGCAACCACUGUCUUCCGCCGCCAACAACCACUCNNUGUCUUCCGCCGCCAACAACCACUCCUUCAUCGCGAAGCUUCUCCUCCUCCUGACCCUUCUCCCUCUAUCGCUUGCUCUUUUUGCUUUCUUCCUUCAGUGGCGAGGCGGUGGCGUCGACGAUCCAAUCUCCCGAUGGUCGCCCGAUGAGUCCCAUAAGUUCCCUGGUAUGGACUCCUCCCCUCUGGCCACCGUGGGACACUCAUCUUCUUCGCAUUCCUCUGAUUGUUCUAUGCUGUUGGGACACUCCAACACGGCGUCGUUUCCUUACUUCAGAGACUGGAAAUUUAAUUUUGAGUCCGAUCUGAAGCCCAAGAUAUGUAUUACAACAAGUACAUCUGCUGGCUUAGAGCAGAUUUUGCCAUGGAUGUUCUACCAUAAAGUUGUUGGGGUGUCAACCUUUUUUCUUUUUGUUGAAGGGAAGGCUGCAUCCCCUGCUGUGUCCAAAGUCCUUGAAUCCAUUCCUGGAGUGAAAGUAAUAUACCGAACCAAAGAGCUGGAAGAGCAACAAGCUAGGAGCCGGAUCUGGAAUGAAACAUGGCUGUCAAGUUUCUUCUACAAGCCUUGCAAUUAUGAGCUUUUUGUGAAGCAAUCUCUCAACAUGGAGAUGGCAAUUGUCAUGGCAAGGGAUGCUGGUGUUGACUGGAUAAUUCAUCUGGACACUGAUGAAUUGUUACAUCCAGCUGGUGCUCGGGAGUAUUCUUUGAGGCAAUUGCUACUUGACUUGCCUGGGAAUGUGGACAUGGUUAUCUUCCCCAAUUAUGAGAGCAGCGUUGAACGAGAUGACAUCAAGGAACCUUUCACGGAGGUAUCAAUGUUCAAGAAGAAUUAUGAUCAUUUAACAAAGGACACUUAUUUUGGCAUGUAUAAGGAGUCGACCCGUGGCAAUCCAAACUACUUUUUGACCUACGGAAAUGGGAAAUCAGCUGCUCGAGUCCAAGACCAUCUUCGUCCCAAUGGUGCACACAGAUGGCACAAUUACAUGAAAACUCCAAACGAGAUCAAAUUGGAAGAGGCUGCUGUUUUACAUUAUACAUAUUCCAAGUUUUCUGACUUGACUUCUAGGCGGGAUCGAUGUGGUUGUAAGCCUACAAAGGAGGAUGUCAAGCGAUGCUUUAUGUUGGAAUUUGAUAGAGCUGCAUUUAUAAUUGCUUCUACUGCCACAGAGGAGGAGAUGUUAAACUGGUAUCGAGAGCAUAUUGUGUGGACUGAUAGAACUCUCAAUUUGAAAUUGUUGAGGAAGGGCAUUUUAACUCGCAUAGAUGCUCCCAUGACCAUCAUUCAGGGUUUGAGGGAGUCUGGUGUAUUUGGUGCUGUCAUUGCAUCUGCUCAAGGAUCUCUCUCCAAGGACAAGUUUUUAGCAUCCGUUCUAAGCAAUAAUUCCUCAAGGACAACUUCUGCUUCUGAAUCAUUUACAUCAAGGAGGAUAGGUAGGAACAUAGAGUCUCCGGCGACAGCUAGAAGAACUCUUGAAAUUAUUCCGUUUGCACCUCACGAACCAGCUGUCCCACCAUUAUCUCCCCCUACCAUCCAUGACAAUGACCUUAUAAUUGAAGCAUAA